AUGCCCGCAUCUCCUGGUAUUGCUGCAACUAUUGGGCCAAGGGAUAACGGGACAUCAUGGGCGCACGCCUUGGAGAUCGGCGAGACCUUCCGAAAUAACCGUACAUGUUUGGUUAUAAAGAAAGGAAACCUGUCUGGGUUCUCCAUUAGGGGUGCGGUGGGCUCCGUCCCUGCCUUCAGUAUCGCCAUCGGACGUGCCGCCGGCGACGCGGAUAAGCAAACGCCUUUCAUUAUCCUCUCAAAGCAGAGCGGUGGAUCCGACGUUGGCAAAAGCCUUUGGACGAGCGAUUUGGAAUCAGACCUGGUUGGCGGCAAGACCCAACUCCUCCUCCACAGCCUGAAGGAUAUGCCAAUAACCCUGCCCCCUAAAUGCCACCUAAAUGCCUUUUUGGGGCCGUUCCAGAGCGCGGAGAUGCAUCUGAUGCCGUCAUCAUGA